AUGAAAAGUGAAACUUUGAAUUGUGGAGAUAAUGAGUUAAGUUCACCUCAAAAUUUUCAAUCAAACGUAGAUCAAUUUUUAUAUUUUAAUUGGUCCCCACCGGAAUCGUACGAAACAUGUGAAGUCGAAUACGAACUUCAUAUUAAUAAUUUAAACACUUCGGAAUACCUUACUCCUGUAAUAAACACUUUUGAUCGAGAAUAUGUUUAUGAUUAUGAGAAGGAUGGGCAUAUUUGUAUUCAUGUAAGAUCGAAAGUUUAUGCUAUUUUUGAUGGGGAAUCAGAUCCGGUUUACACAACAAAUUUUUUGGAUCCUACGAUUGAAUUAGGACCACCGUCAAGUUUAACAAUCGAAAACUCAUCAUCUUCAUUAAAAUUAAACUGGACGACACCGGAGGGUUACGAAAAAUGUCGAGCUUAUUUUAUGUUUUUCAUUAAAAUAAUAUUAAUUAACGCGGAAGAAACCGUUUUAAUGACAAAUGUUGCUGGAUAUGCAUAUUCUUAUAUUUACCAAGAAAACGACUUAAAUGAUUGUCAAGAAGCCGCCGUUGAAGUCGUUGGUUAUUAUAGAGGAAUGCCAGGACAUGCAAUUUCAAAAACUAUAAUUUUUGGGCCCGAUUGUAAACAAAAAUUACCUUAUUAA